GCGUUUUAUGGUUUGGUAAAAAUCACGAAAUAUACCAACGGGGGCAAACUCUAUAAAAUCAGUUAGUGCCAGAGGUUUUGCAUUCAGUCUGCGUUCGAGGAUUACACACAAACCAACCAACCAACCAGCCAUAAUGUCAGCAAAAAACACAAGAAGUUGCCUGCUCUGGCUGGGACUGCUCCUGUCGGUCACAUUUCUGCAGAUGGUUCAGUGUCAGUAUUAUGGAUAUCCGUACUACGGUGGUACGGGAGCAGGUGGAGCGGGAGGUGGCUAUGGAAAUGGCUAUGGUAGUGCCUAUGGUUACGGGUAUCCCAGCUACGGCGGAUAUCCCUACUACUCAUAUCCGGGCUACAAUCCCUAUUCGAUCUACGGCCAAUAUGGGCAAUACGGUCAAUCACAAUAUGGUUAUCCCGGCUACGGCGGCUACCCUUACGGCGGAGGCAACGGAAUGAACACGGCCUAUGCCAGCAGCAGUGGCGGCUUUGCCUCAGCCAGUGCGGGGAGCGGCGGAUACUACGGCUGAUCCUAGAGUGAUAUUAUCCUAUUAUCCUAAGCUAACUAGACUGUACAUAUUGGUUAAGUGU